AAACAAAAUGCACAUAUUAAUGGAAAAAGUGACGAAGAACUAGUGAAAGAAGAUGAAGAAACAAAAGAGAAAAAAAGGCAAAGAAAUCGUGAAUACCAAAGGGCAUGGCGCCAGCGUCACAGAGAUUUAAAGAAAACAGUAUCGAAGGAGGAAAAAGAAGCAGCAAGAAGAAAAAGACACCGUGAGAAUCAAAGGGCAUACUAUCACCGUCAAAAACUUUUGAGGGAAAGUGAAUUAAAUGAUGAAUUGACCAAAGAGAAAUUGGAAGAUCUAAAACUAUGCCGGAUUUGGAUAGAACCUUGUAAGAAACCAGAUUUAGAAGAUAAGUCUAUGUCGAACAAAACUCUAAACCAAAGCCUUUGUACUUUGCGUUUUGAAAACAAAAAAGAACAAAAUUUACUGAAUAAAAAAUGUGGUCCUGGGCUUCUUGUACCGGUUAGUGCAUUCUCCUCAGAAAAAAACAAAUCUACCAGAAAUUCGGCAGAAAAUAUAGAAGCUGAAAAGAACCAAUCAGAAAGAUUAAAGAGACAAAAUGAACUUCCAGAAACGGGCUUGAAGAAAAUACUGAUCAAAGAGGAAGAAGAUGAGUUUGAUGUGUUCUGCAGAAGUUUGGCGUUGCAGCUGAAAAGCAUGCCUUUCGAUAGAGCACGAAAAUGCCAGGAGAAGCUGCAAGCUGUGAUUAGCGCUGAGCUGGACCAGCUGGAUGCGCCAUCGUCCCCAAAGUGUUGGAUCCAAGUUGAAAUACCUCCCUCAACGUCAAUUACGCCUCCUGAACCUCUAAUAGAUAUUAAAGUUGAACCCGCAGAGCUUCCAUAAAUAGUAAAUAUACAUUACCGCUUGUACCUAACUUGUAAUCAUUUUAAUAAAUAUAUUUAUUGAAAUGCACAGUAUACUAUACUUAUCAGAGUUUUAGAACUCGGAAGAAUUUAUUCUAAAUAGUUUUUGUUAUUGGUGUUCGCAUUUUAAAGUUCUAAGCAACUCUUAUGCAUAUUUGCUUUUUCCUAAAGUGUGUUCCUACUUGUGGACAGACUUUGGGAACACCU